CCGGAAGAGACUACACAGUGUUGUGGUACGGUGCCCUGUUGGAUCCUGCCUGCCCGGGUCUGAGCUUCGGCGCCAUGGGGGAGGCGGAGAAGUUUUACUACAUCUACAGCUGUGAGCUGGACAUCAACGUGCAGCUGAAGAUAGGAAGCCUGGAAGGAAAGAGAGAACAAAAGAGUUACAAAGCUGUCCUAGAAGACCCUAUGUUGAAGUUUUCAGGAUUGUACCAGGAGACCUGUUCUGAUCUUUAUGUUACUUGUCAAGUUUUUGCUGAAGGGAAACCUUUGGCUUUGCCAGUGAGAACCUCCUAUAAGGCUUUUAGUACAAGAUGGAAUUGGAAUGAAUGGUUAAAGUUACCAGUGAAAUAUCCUGACUUGCCUAGGAAUGCUCAGGUGGCUCUGACAAUAUGGGAUGUAUAUGGACCUGGAAAAGCAGUCCCUGUAGGAGGGACAACAGUCUCGCUCUUUGGAAAAUAUGGCAUGUUCCGCCAGGGAAUGCAUGACUUGAAAGUCUGGCCUAAUGUUGAAGCAGAUGGAUCUGAACCUACAAAAACUCCUGGCAGGACAAGCAGCACUCUCUCAGAGGACCAGAUGAGUCGAUUAGCUAAGCUCACUAAGGCUCAUCGACAGGGCCACAUGGUAAAAGUGGAUUGGCUGGAUAGAUUGACAUUUAGAGAAAUAGAAAUGAUUAAUGAGAGUGAAAAACGAAGUUCUAAUUUUAUGUACCUGAUGGUUGAGUUUCGAUGUGUCAAAUGUGAAGAUAAAGAAUAUGGUAUAGUUUACUAUGAGAAGGAUGGUGAUGAGUCAUCCCCAAUUUUAACAAGUUUUGAGAUAGUGAAAGUACCUGACCCCCAAAUGUCUAUGGAGAAUUUAGUUGAAAGCAAACAUCACAAACUUGCUCGAAGUUUAAGAAGUGGACCAUCUGACCAUGAUCUCAAACCUAAUGCUGCCACUAGAGACCAGCUAAAUAUCAUAGUAAGUUAUCCACCAACGAAGCAGCUUACAUAUGAAGAACAAGAUCUAGUUUGGAAGUUUAGAUAUUAUCUUACUAAUCAAGAAAAGGCUUUGACAAAGUUCUUAAAGUGUGUCAACUGGGAUCUUCCUCAGGAGGCCAAACAGGCAUUAGAACUACUGGGAAAAUGGAAGCCAAUGGAUGUGGAAGAUUCCUUGGAGCUGUUAUCUUCACAUUUCACUAAUCCAACAGUGAGGCGCUAUGCUGUUGCUCGAUUGCAGCAAGCAGAUGAUGAGGAUUUAUUGAUGUACUUGUUGCAGUUGGUUCAGGCCCUCAAGUAUGAAAACUUUGAUGACAUAAAGAAUGGAUUGGAACCAAAUAAGAAAGAGUGUCAAGGAUCUGUAUCAGAGAGUGUAUCAAGUUCUGGAACAAGCACUGCAGAAAUAGAUAGUUCUCAGAUCAUAACUAGUCCUCUUCCUCCAGUGUCUUCUCCUCCCCCUGCAUCAAAAACAAAAGAAUCUGCAGAUGGUGAAAAUCUGGAGCAAGAUCUCUGCACUUUCUUGAUAUCAAGAGCCUGCAAAAAUUCUACACUGGCGAACUAUUUAUAUUGGUAUGUUAUAGUAGAAUGUGAAGAUCAAGAUACCCAGCAGAGAGACCCAAAGACACAUGAAAUGUACCUGAAUGUAAUGAGAAGAUUCAGCCAGGCAUUACUGAAGGGUGAUAAGUCUGUAAGAGUUAUGCGUUCUUUGCUGGCUGCACAACAGACAUUUGUAGAUCGACUGGUUUGUUUAAUGAAAGCUGUGCAACGGGAAAGUGGAAAUCGUAAGAAAAAGAAUGAAAGGCUGCAGGCCUUGCUGGGAGACAACGAAAAGAUGAAUUUGUCAGAUGUGGAACUCAUCCCAUUGCCUUUAGAACCACAGGUGAAAAUUAAAGGAAUAAUUCCAGAGACAGCUACACUAUUUAAGAGUGCUCUUAUGCCUGCCCAAUUGUUCUUUAAAACAGAAGAUGGAGGUAAAUAUCCUGUUAUAUUUAAGCAUGGAGAUGAUCUACGCCAGGAUCAACUUAUUCUACAAAUCAUUUCACUCAUGGAUAAGUUAUUACGGAAAGAGAAUUUAGAUUUGAAGUUGACACCAUAUAAGGUAUUAGCUACUAGUACAAAACAUGGCUUCAUGCAGUUUAUUCAGUCAGUUCCUGUUGCUGAAGUUCUUGAUACUGAAGGAAGUAUUCAGAACUUUUUUAGAAGAUAUGCACCAAGCGAGAAUGGACCUAAUGGAAUAAGUGCUGAAGUGAUGGAUACUUACGUUAAAAGCUGUGCUGGCUAUUGUGUAAUUACGUAUAUCCUUGGAGUUGGAGACAGACAUUUGGAUAACCUUUUACUGACAAAAACAGGUAAACUCUUCCACAUCGACUUUGGAUAUAUUUUGGGUCGAGAUCCAAAGCCUCUCCCUCCUCCAAUGAAGCUGAAUAAAGAAAUGGUAGAAGGGAUGGGAGGAACACAAAGUGAGCAGUAUCAAGAGUUCCGAAAACAAUGUUAUACAGCUUUUCUCCACCUGCGAAGGUAUUCCAACCUGAUUUUGAAUUUGUUUUCUCUUAUGGUGGAUGCCAACAUUCCAGAUAUUGCUCUUGAACCAGAUAAGACUGUAAAAAAGGUGCAAGAUAAGUUCCGUUUAGACUUGUCUGAUGAAGAAGCAGUGCAUUAUAUGCAGAGUCUGAUUGAUGAAAGUGUCCAUGCUCUUUUUGCUGCAGUGGUGGAACAGAUCCACAAGUUUGCUCAGUACUGGAGAAAAUGAAAAUGAGUUGUGCUGAAAUGUCAAGAGAUUUCACUUAUUAAAAAAGAAAACUAUCUUAGAAGACACGUAGAGGAUGUGAAGACUUGGAUAACAGCUGAUGGAAAAGAAAACUUCAUCUUUGAGUUACUGUGGUCUCUGAAAUGUCAGGAGCUUGAAUAUAGUUUCCUGGAAAACCAUUGUUUUGAGUAUUGCAGAAGAUUUUGUCUUGAAACACUCUGUAUAUUUAUUUUCAAGUGUACACAUUGUUAAUAAGAGAAAUAAGUUUCACUGUUUAUAAUCUAUUGUUAACUUUCAAAGGAAUUAUGUGGCCUAUGUAGAACUUGUUAGUUGUAAGGGCCUGGGAGGGUCCACUGCCACCUUCACUUCAUUAAAACCUUCCAAAUUA